AUGGUUACCAAGGACUGGGUCUCUUUUUCCCUGCGUCGUGGUGGAAUCGACAUACGCGACGGCCUUCUGACAUCCAUCAAGAAGUGGAAAGAAGAGUUUUUCUUCAUUGAUGCUUCGGCUAUCGCCACACAAAGGCAGUUUGGCAAUCUGGCGAAACGUGAUCUCGACCCUGCUCCUGAACUAACUAUUGCAAAGCAUGAUGUGAUUAAGAGAUUGAUCGCUAGUGACCUCUUUUGGUUUGACCCUGAUGAGUCAACCUUGAGUUUGGCUGAUUUAGACAACACUUACGGAGCUCCUGCUGUAGUUUCAGUCCCCAAUUUGACAGGCAGUGACCUUUCCUUACUGGAACGACUUCAUCGGAAGCAUCGGUCUAAAGCCGUAAAGGUGGGAAGUUCGUCCACUCCCAAAUCCGACCCAUUGUCUGAUGUAGAUGUCUAG